GUUCAGAAUUGUGUCUUAUUCUACUGUUUUUGUGCUGUGGCUCUAAGAGGCUGACUGUUGGAGAGUGCUGAUUAUUAUAAGUGUAGAGGAAUUAUCUGGUGGCUAAGUAAUAUUUGAAGGCAUAUUGGAGUUUCUCGGUGAUCAACACAAGUCAACAUGAGUACUGCUACACAGAGGAAAAGACGAACAUCAUCUGCUACAUGUUCCCGCCGUGGAAACCGCAAGAGGAGCCGGACCCAGAUGUCUCAAACAGCGAUGGAGACCAUUGAUGUGCUGGAAAGUGACAGAACUAACAGUGAAGAUGUGGUAGAUUUAACAUGUGAAGGGUCUGAACCUGCGGUUGUUGACCUCACCAAUAAUGAUUCUAUAGUGGUUGUGGAAGAUGGUGUGCAAAGCAGACGCGGACAGGGCACAGAGAGUUAUGUACUGAGCAGUGAUGAAGAGGAAGAGUCCAGUCUUCGACUCAGUCCAGGCUUACUGUCCUCUCUACAUGCCAGCUCGCGAGCCAGGUCUACACCAGGGGCUGUUAGCUGUCCUGUUUGCAUGGAUGCUUAUUCAGAGAUCAUCGACAGUGGUCGGCUCAUGGUCUCCACAAAGUGCGGCCACCUUUUCUGCAGUCAGUGCAUCCGCGACUCUCUCAACAGAGCUCACAGCUGCCCUACAUGUAGAAAGAAACUCACACACAAACAGUAUCACCCAAUAUAUAUCUAAUGGUAAAAACUCGUCCGUGUGCAUCUCUCAGAGAUCUGUAGUACGCUCUCAUGAAACAACUUCACAGCUCCAUAUUUUCACUGGCUAUUUGAUAUUUUACACAUCAAUGCCGAGAUGAUAUUAGGCAUUAUUUUGACUUGUGGAAUUCUGUUGGGACUAAAAGGGCACUUAGUCCAGAAUUGAGUAUUUUUAAAUUGUGUGAAAAAAAAAAAAAUAUAUAUAUACACAUACAUACAUACAUACACACACUGUUUUGGGAAUAUAUCCUACAUUGAGUAGUCUGGGUUUAUGGUUUAAGGCUGCUAUAUUAAUAUUUUUGUUUUAUUUUUGUCAACUGUCCAGUUUGUAGUAUUGAAUAUGGAAUUAGGUUCCAGUUCAAAUGAAAAAAAAAUGAAUGACCAACUGUCACAAGUUAGGAUCUUGUAAUGUUAGUUUAGUCUUGAACAAAAUAGCUUCCUGCUGUGAUGGUCUCCAUUCUUGUUUAGUGAAAGUUGUAAGCCUGUAAUGAUAGUUUGCCAACUGGACAACUUUUAGGUCGCCCUCCCACUAUAUCUUCUCUCAUUUGUUUGUAUAGCCUUCGUACCAGCCUUGUUAGCUUUAACUGUCACUCACAGUUAACUUAUUUUCAUUCAUUGUCUGUUUAUUUGAUCGGAAUUCAUAUUCAGAUUCUUAUUUUGUCGUCAAGCAUAUUGUUGCAUUCAAAUGAGUUUUUGAGGGAACAGUAAAUGCUGACUAUGUAAAUGUGCUUUCAUCUCAGAAGACCUCUUCGACUGAUCGUUUACUCGAUGGUCAGAGAAGUUAAUGG